GUGAAGAACCAAACAAUCCCACACCAGAGGAAGUAGAAAAGCAAAAACAACAACUUUAUGAAGAAUAUCAACAAAAAUUCCAAAAAAUUGCUUCAUCAGUGGCUAAUUUAACCACAGAAAUUUUAACUAUUUUACAAAAAUUCGGCUAUAUUAUACAAAAAAUAGAGUGA